UUUCGGCAACGCGGAAUUGACUAUAGAUUGUGAAUCGGGAAUGAAAACAAAUUAAAAAUAUAUUUUUUAUUACAUUUUGAUGUAAAUUUUUUGGAAAUAUUUAAUUUAGUAUAUAUGUGAAGUGGAAAUAUUAAGUGGAAGUGAUUUAAUAUAAAAUUGUCUGAGUUUUAAAACUUUGAAAUGUUGCUAAUAUUUUGAGGAGGAGCAUGAAUGUUGAAGAAACGGAAAUGGUUGAAAAUUGCUGGAGGCGAUAGAAGAAGAGUGCAAAAGAAGGGGCUAGAAACUCGUACAAAGUAGAAGAGGUGCAAAGCAAAGCGAUAGUUAUAGAAAUAAAAAUAAAAAAUAUAUAUAUACCUGUUAGUUGUGGAGGUGGAGGAUCUACACGAAAAAGGCACGAACGAAGAAGGAAUUGAAAUUGACGCAAGCAAAAAAAGCCAUUAAUACAAGCAACGAAGCGAGUGAGAGUACGUAAACGAAAAGUUGGAUGGAUGGAUGUGCUGUCACAGGAGAAUUGCUCAAAUUCUACCAUUCAAUCGAAGAUAUAACGUGUACGAAAAGAAGUUUUGUAUGCCCACGAAUAUAGUUGAAAAGGCGAAAGUGCAUAAUAUAAAUGAAUAAAAAGAUAUAAAAUUAUAAUAACACGCAAAGUCAAUUCAACGAAAAAGGAGCUAGUAAAGUGGCUGGGCAUUAGUGCAGUGCAGUAUAGUGUCGUUGGAUGUGUGUGUGAUUGGGCGUGUUCAUGUGUUUGUGCACCCGCAGAGAAUACGGGCAAAGGCAAAAGUGAAAACUUGCUUUUUUGUCAUCGUUGCCGUUGUCGUUGUAGUUGUAGUCGUCGUCACUAUACCGUCGUUGUGUUUUCGCAUUUUUCGCGACGGCAAAUCUACGAAUGUAUUUAGCUAAAUAACCAGCCAACCAAAUAGCCAGCCAUCCAGUUUUGGCCGCGGCUUUGCAUUUGGCAAUAAAAAAAUAAAGUCGAAUUCCUGGAACUCGAAUUCGCGAAAUUGAAAGGCGCGCGCGUUUUUUCGCACACUUAAGAUACAACCUUUCAAAAGGGUUUUUGUGAACGUUUCAAACCAAGUUGGAAAAUAAAUUGCAAUUGUUCAAAAACACUUUAUAGUGCUGCUGGCCAGUGAAUUGGAAACGCUCCAAAGUUUUAUUCGCUCCGAGGGGGGCCAUUCGUACCGACUGUCGCAUUUACCACCACAGUGCGAGACCACAGCGGCGGGAUUAUGUCAUUUUGUAUAUACUUGUGUGUGUGUGCGAAGUUCCAACUAAUUAAUAAGUCGGAAUGCGAUGAAGCGCCAUAACGAACCUGAUCUGUGAAAUAACAAAAUUUUCAAAUCAAAAGUGUUGAACUGAACUCACUGAAGUGCUAAAAACGUAUACCAAAAUGUAGCAUAAACAGCAUUAACAUUUCUAAAAUGUUUUAAAUAUUAGUGCAGAGAAUAUCUGCAUUUAGAAAAUAUAUUCAAUGAAUUUGCGUCGCAAUUCUUUCGCUGGCCACGCUGGCCUCCAUAAAAAUUCCCACAAUAGAAAAAGUAGUAACAAAAUCACUCAAUUGAAAAUUAGCGACGGCAUUUCGACACGUACCCAAUCCCGUCGCCCUGUUUGUGAGUUAUACAAAGAAAUAUUAAAUUUCAAUAAGAAUCAAAACCAACUUAAAUAGAAAUACAAAAUCAAUUAAAAUAAUAAAUACAUACUGUAAAAAACCUUUUGUGUGCACACUUAAAUGGCAACAUUCAAUGGUCAUAGCGCUAAUACUGCUGCGGAUUUGCUGGGUUCUUCGGUUGCCGUCGCUGCAGCCUCAGAGCAUUUUGAGCGUAGCACUGCUGCGGCCACCACUACCUUUCUAGUACCAUCUACGGCGACGUCAAAUGGUGGACCGUUGCAUUUGGAGCCUUUUAGUCUUGCGGGCGGCCCACAUUUUGUCACUACAACGACAUCGCCAUUGGGUAGUGCAACCGCGGCUCAUCAUCCGCAUCAACAGCAACAGCAUCACCACCAUCAACAAACAAAUUCAACAUCAACUUAUACCUUUUUACAAAUUAAACGCGAACCUUGCCAAGUUUCGGAGGUGACGUCCGCCAAUUGCCAUCAAACACAGCAGCAACAGCAUCACCAGCAACAUCACGUGUCCACAUCAUCAGCAAGUGGCGGCGGCAUUGGUGUUGGUAUGGGCGUUGGUGUGGCCUCAUCAACGUCUAGUUGCUCCGCUUCCAUAUCAGCCGCUUCCAAAACAAUGUCUUCAUCUUCCACGCUGACAACGCUAGUGAAGAUUGAAGCGUCCUCGCCGAAGGUGAAUGAAAUGGACAAAACGGCCACAGUGAAUGCACUCACCACAGCGCCCACAAAUAGCGCGGUACCCGUUGGUAUUGCCGUGGCGCGUAAGCGACCACAGGAAACGGCGGGCACACUCUCCAAUUCCACAACGAUUCCUGUACAACAGGCACUCAACAAGGAUAUGAAUUGCUUUGGCAUACGGGUGGCGGAUUUGGGUGGCGUUAGUACGGGUUGCAGUAACAUCUAUUUUACAGGCAACGGUGACUUAGUGGCCGGCUCAGCGACUGCCGAGGAGUUAGCCCUUAGCGCGGCAGGUGUACAGAGUGUGAAUCGCGCACCAUCCACAUUUUGGCAGUAUCAAAAUGCUCUCCCCAUUGAAUCAGUGAUUUCCAUGUCUCCAGCCACGGUGGGUUUGCAGUAUUCGCGUGAUCCAAGUCGCGGUCAAGUGGUGCUUCUGCCGGCUACACCAGCCGCAUUAGGCAUAUCAAACUUUCCAUUCUAUGCCCCCACAGAUCCGUUCCAACAGGCGGCGGCUUUCGUCUGGCCAUCCUACAUACCGCAGGGUACAACACCGGCUGCAGCCGCUGCGGCAGCCACCCUACAGCCGCCGCCCAAUUUCAUAUUCCCUUCAAUGAGCCCACAUUCUACGCUACAGCCGCAGUCGUACGCCACGUCGCUCCAACUUUUCGGCUCGAAUUACUUAACUGCGGCCGCAGCUGCAGCCGCGGCAGCUGCCGCCACUUCAACAUUAUGCCAACACAAUCAACAACAAACGAGCACACAUCAAACCACAAGCUCAAUCAAUUUGAGUUUGGCGAGCGCGGGCUCUGCACCACCGGGUAACGGCGGCGGUGGCAGCGGUGGCAAUAGUAUGAGCAAUAAUCCAAAUAACAGCCAUACAAAUGGCCGUUUUUUAAGUUUGGCGGCUGCAGGUGCACCUGGCACCACCAUGCUCGAUGUACCAAAACCACAGAAAACCCUGCAGCCAACGUUAACGUUACCACAACCCGUGCCGCCACCGUCCACAGCUUCGCUGCCGCCACCGCCGUCUUCACUCAUCUUACCACCUACCGCAAUGAAGAUUGAAGAGUGGAAUGCCGCAGAUUUCAUGGCGGCUGCGGCGGCAGCAUCGGUUAAGACAGGCCACACUUCAUUGGGUGGUGCCCCAUCGGCGCCGACUCAACCGCUCGCUUUGAAUUUCGAAAGUCGCGACAAGACUACUACUACUUCAACUACAACGAAUUUGUUGGAUUUGCAAAACGCUGCUGCAGCUGCCAAUGCACAAGCAUUGAAUUUAAUGCGGCUACCGACGCCUCCCACGUCGGCGACUAUGGAGACUGCGGCUGCAGCUGCUGGCGGGCCACAACUGCAACCACAGUUACUAUUCCACACCACAUCGACGCCAUCCCCGGCUUUGCUCAAUUUGUCGGCAUCAUUGCCGCGUGGUGCAGCUGGUAGUGUCGGCGCUACAACUGUCACACCUACAGGUAUCUUCUUAAGUGGUGGCGGCAAUGCAGGGGCGUCAGCGACACUUUCGACGGCUAUCGGACCACCAACGCCACUGGGAGAUGAAGCGACGGCAAUCAACUUUAAAACCAGCCCAGUGGAAGCGCCGCCGCAACAAUCGGUGGGUGGUAUUGUGGUGGGCGUACCGCGUGUGAUUACCAAUAACGGGCAAGCACUGCAGACAGGACCGCCGCCACAAAUGCAGGAUGUAAAUAUACAAACCGAUACGCCGGUAUGUAGCGAUGACGAGAACUCUACGUGCCCCCUUGCCAUGCAACAGCAACACCAGCAACAGCAACACCAGCAACAGCUUCAGCAACUGCAGCAGCAGCUACACACGACACAGCGGGGCUCUGUAGACUCACCGAGCUGUAUGAAUGAUAACGACAUGCAACAGCCUUUGGAACUAACUAAGCAGAGUUAUCAUGGUAAUGUCCUAAAUUGCUCCGAAAGUGGUGGAUUGGCAAUAACAACGUCAACAUCUACCGCCAUAAAAACAACAGAAACGAAUAAUUUUGAGUGCCAUAAUGAAGCAAACACCACGACAAAUGGAGAAGCUGAGUACCAAGAGCUCCCUUCGCAGCCACAGCUGCUUCCGCCUCCGCCUUCAACGGCAUCGUCUAUAGGCGAAGACCUGGUGAAUGAUCCAUCGCAUCGCAGUGAGCAUCAGCAGCAUCAACAAAAUCAAAACCACCAACAGCAGCAGCAGUCUGGCGCAGAGGAUCUAACCGGUCUCGAAUUACUCUCUAAUAUCAGUACAAGCACUCUGGCGAGUAAAGGUAUCGGUGUGGGCGUUGAACUGGCAAUGGUACGUGUCAAACAGGAACCACUCGAUAACAUAGACGUACCGGUAUCUUCAAUGACCGACGAAUUUUCAGCACAGCCAAUGCCAUUGCAACCACCACUAACGUCACAGUUAAUGACACAACAGUCCGCAAUGUCGCAGGCGGCAUCUGGUAGCUGCGACUCGUGCAACCCCAGAGAGGCUGAAAUGCAGCGUCAACCAACAGCGCUUCCUUUGUUGCCCUCCGUGGCUACGCCUGCACCGCCGCCCAUUACGCCGACACCUGCUGUGGAACCACUGGGUGGAUUGAACUUGCUUUGUGCCCUUGCCGAGCAGCGUAUCCAGGAAGAAGUUCAGAGCAGUAGAGGUAAUUUGUUUGGUGAUAGCGAAACGCCACCAUCACCUUCUACAUCCUCCUUCCGCUUUCCAACGCCUCAGUCACAAAGUCAGUCACAUCUGUCGCAACAGCCACAGUCGCCCUAUCGUUUAGAACAAUCUUCUUUUCCCUCAAUGGAAGGCAUUGAACUACCUUCGACGAGUGGACUUGGCCUCGGUAUAGGAGGCGGAGGCGAACAGCCAGUAAAACGUAGGAAACACAAGCAUUCCAAAUCAUCGAAGUCGUCUUCGUCGUCUACACUGGGCGGAGGUGGAAAGAAGUCUCAGCGAUGCUCGAAGAAGAGUAAGAAGAAAUAUGCCAAGGAGAAGCGCAAACACAAACAUCAUCAGCAACAAUUGUUGGCCUCUGCUUCUGCCGCGGCUGCCGCCUCUGCAUCUGCUUCCGAAGACGUGGACUUUGAGGACGAGCAAUUACAGCAGGAGCUGAAGAGUGCCUUUGAUCGUAUGGAUCCCAGCGUUCAGUUGCGACUCGGUAAAUGGGCUAAUGCGAAAGAGAUUUUCUAUAUGAUGGAAAAAAAUAUGAAAUUGCGUUUAGCCAAUAUAUCGCGACAAUAUCACAAGAAAAAGCGAAAGCUCAGUGAAAUAUCGAAGUUUAAGAAGAAAAUGAAAUGCGCAAAAUUGCUUGCCGCACAACAACAACAGCAACAGCCAACACUCUCAUUGGCGUCGCUCAGUGGUGCCAGCUGCAGUGGUAGCCUCUCUGGUCCCACUCUACCACUCUGUGAUUACAAAUUUCCGAAAUUCUCCACCAAUAGCGGUGUCGGUGCUACAUCGACACCCUACUUAAAUCGUUCCAGUUUUCUGCGUUUCGGCGAGAAAGCGCCAUCAGCGACGCCAACACCACUACACGCACAAUUUCCGCCCGCCGAAUGUGACAAUUCAGAAGAAAACAAUGUGCUUUCGGCUAGUAGUUCUAACGGUCCAUCCAUGGCCGUUUACAAACCAGUGCGAUUGGGCCCCAGCGCCUUAGCGGGUGCCGUUGCGGCGGCGUCAGUUGGUGUCGGCUUGCUCAAUGGUGGUACACCUCAACGUCAGGCGCAAAAACACAUCUCAUCGGAUAAGUGUGCGAACUCAACGAUUGUAUGUAAAGAGCCAAAACUAAUGGCAGUUGCCACAACUUCGUCUUCUUCGCUCGCGUCCAGUCGAUGCUCGAAUGAAACACUCUCUUCCUCGGCCGAUGAGCAGCGCCCGCUUAGCGCGUCAUCGCCGCUCACACAUAAAAUCGUGGGAGCAAGCAUUCAACCGCAGGUUUCUAAACAUGCGGCACAACAGCGACAAGAGCAGCUAUCGACGGUGGUGCAGUCACAACAGCAACAUCAGACGCAGUCGCAAUCGCAACAAUGCAGAAAACCCACAGAUCCGCGUGAUUAUCAGCUAAUGCUAACCAGCGAGCAUUUGUAUCGGAAGGAGACACGUGUGCUAGCCGAUAUGGGCGGACUUUUCUAUGCAGGGGUCAUGAAGCCAUUGCAACCGCCCGAUGUUUACGCUAUUACGUUGGAUGGGGAACGUGGUAAUAAGUCGCAUAUAAUGUCCCGCGAGGAAAUUUUCAAGGACACUAUUCUGGAGGUGGCACCCAAAUCUGUGGAGAGUGUACCUGUUGGCACACGACUCUGUGCCUAUUGGAGCCAGCAAUAUCGUUGCUUGUAUCCCGGACGUGCUAUCGAUUCUGAAUCGUCUGACGAUGGUGAAACUCCCAAUGAUUCGGUGAGCGUGGAAUUCGAUGAUGGCGAUAGCGGCCGCAUACGCUUGCAGAAUAUUCGCUUCCUACUAAGCGAUUAUCCCAUUGUGGAGUACAACGAUAAUCCCCUCUACUCUUUAGGCAAGCACAAGAAGUCUGGCGCAACCGCGCGCAACGCUAACGGUUCUGGCAGUAGCCAUAAUUCCAAUGAUGCUCACGAGCACACUUCCACAUUCGCUCUCUCCGAUGUGCCGGUAGUUGCACCAUUGACAAGCGGCAUUGAGCCACCAACGCAGAGCGCGAAAGAAAUCAGCGCUCAGCGUAAGGAGAAAAAACGUAUUAAGAAUUUGAAGAAAAAAUCCCAGGCAGCUGCUGCAGCAUUGGCAGCCAGCGCUAACGCGACCGCAAACGCAAAUGCAUCUGCUAUAACUUCUAAUGGCGGAUUAUCGGUUGUUGCGACUGUGAAUAGCACAAAUGGUAUUGACGGCAAUGCCGCUGUAUCCGCUGAGUGUAAUCGCAAACAUCAUAAGCACAAAAAACGCAAAAAGCACAAGAAGCAUCAUCAUCGCAAGGCGAAUGGCGAAUGUGAAGCUAUCAAUGGCACGAACAACACGUUUGUAAUCAAGAAUGCCGGUGUGGCGCCGAGCGGGAGUUUCUUGGUGUCAACACCACCAUCUUAUAAGGGUAAACGUGAAUACUCUGUGGCAGUUAGUGAUAAUCCCAGCAAUAAUGGACUAAUAGAAGAUGAUGAAGAUGAAAUCGUUGUGGGGCUGCCAGAAGAAGCACAAGUAGAUCACACUCAGGGUGGCGCCUUCCAAGCAGUGACUGGUCACAAUAAGUCGCAAAUGCAAAGCGCAUCGUCGGGUUUGCCUUUAGCUGCGACAAUUAAAAUGGAAACCGCUGCGGCGGUGGCAGCAGCGGCGGCAGCAACAAAUGCUAAAGUCAAAACUGAGCAUUUGGAUUUGGAGGAGGAAAGCACCUCUAAUAUGAUGUCCGAACUAUCGGAUGAGAACAAAGGCGAUGACGAUGAGGUGGAACAUAAUAAUUCGAAGGGUAGCAAGAUUGCCGCCUUCUUGCCGGAGCGACAACUAUGGGGUUGGCAGGGCAAAGCGUAUCGCAAAGCUGGUGUUAAGGGUAGAGCCCGCAAGCAGUUCUACAAAACAAUCAAAAGGGGCAAAGAAACAAUAACCGUUGGGGAUUGUGCAGUAUUUUUAUCGACUGGUAGACCAGAUAGGCCAUAUAUAGGACGUAUUGAAUCAAUGUGGGAGACAACGUCUAGCAAUAAAGUGGUGCGAGUUAGAUGGUUUUAUCACCCCGAGGAGACAACGGGUUGUCCAAACCUUAAAUAUCCGGGUGCUUUAUUUGAAUCACCGCACGAGGACGAAAACGAUGUUCAGACAAUAUCGCAUCGCUGUGAAGUACUUCCUUUUGAGCGUUAUUUUGCCAAAUUCGGAACUGAUUCAAAGCAAUAUCAAUCUAUUUACGAUAACAAUGAUACUUAUUACUUGGCGGGCUAUUACAAUCCGCGAAUACAGGUGCUUAAUCUACAAGACGAGAUACCGGCGUUUAAAGCAGAGCAACAACAGCAGCAGCAACAGCAACAGCUUGAGAAACAACAGAGAAACGGUAUAGACAUAGAUGAUGUAAAUGCGGUUGUUGAUUAAUUUACAAACAAACAAACAACAAAAAAAGUAGUAAGUCGAGGCUCGAAGGAUUUAAAUUGAUUUAAAGUAAUUUAAGGUAAAAAUGCAGUGAAAAAUUUAUGUAAAAAAAUUACAAUAUAUGUAUGUAUAUACAUAUGUACAUAUAAAUAUAUAUAAAAUAUAUAUGAAUAUGCAUAUGUAGAUUAAAAAAAAAAAAACAUGAUGACAAAGUAACUAAUACUAAAACAUAGUGCGUACUACUACUGCAUAGGUGUAUGUUGUGCCGUAUGCACUGUAGGGACCGACAGACGGCAGACAAGAGCGACACACAUGUCACUUAACUAGGCCGGCUAAGUUGUGCUGUAUGUUUAUACUAUAUGUGUAAGUAUAACUGUGAAACGAUUUAAUUUUAGAGGAGAGAGAGUUAAAAAGGAGCUAAUUGCAAAACAAGAUGAUACAAAAAGAUUCACUAUAUGGUAUAUUAUACUAAAUAUAUUAUUCUACAUUAUGUAUGUAUAUAUAUGAAUAUGUAUAUAUAUAUAUAUCCGUAUAUAUAUAUAUAUAUAAAUAUAUAAUUAUGCAAGCUAAAAUUCGAUUAGCAACAUUUAUGAUAUGAAGGUAUAAUUUUAAUUUUAAAUUUAAUAAAUAAAACAUAAAUAUAUCUAUAUACAUAUACACACACAAAACGUGCACAUAUAAUGAAUAAUGAACCGUGAAGGCGAGCGGACGGACAUAUAUACGAACCGACGAUUGUAGAAUUGAAGGAGUAAGAAAUAAAGAAUAAACGAAAAAAGCAAAUUCAACAAAAUAUUGCUACACAAACAAAAUGGAUAUUUUUUUUUGGACAGUAAUACAACGGUUAUACAACAAAUAUACUUAUAUAUAUAUAUACUAUA